AUGAACCAACGUGCUGUUCUUAUUUUCUGCCUUAUCCUUCUGACUCUGAGAGGAACUCAAGAAAUACCUCUCUCUAGGACUACACGCUGUGCGUGCAUCAAGAUCAGUGAUCGACCUGUUAAUCCAAGGUCCUUAGAAAAACUUGAAGUGAUUCCUGCAAGUCAAUCUUGCCCACGUGUUGAGAUCAUUGCCACAAUGAAAAAGAAGGGGGAGAAAAGAUGUCUUAAUCCAGAGUCUAAGACCAUCAAGAAUUUACUGAAAGCAAUUAGCAAGAAAAGGUCUAAAAGAUCUCAAACACAGAAAGAGGCAUAAUCCUGCACUACCGAUAAGGAUGGACCACAGAGAAGCUACCUCUGCCGUCAUUUCCCUACACACAGUAUAUGUCAAGCCCUAAUUGU